AUGGUGGAAAAGUCGACAGGAGGCCGACCAUCAAGAGGAAAGUCCGCAACAGAAGCCCGGGGUGGAAUGAGUCCCCUAAAUACAGGCUUGGAAACGUCGGAGACUCGGGCGGCUGUGCGGGCCCCACGUAGGAGUCUAGACGGGAUCACACCGCCGGCGAGUACGGUAGGUAAUCCUUCAUUGGACGACACCACUCGGGGACUCACCGAAAAUUUGAUUUCAUCCCAGUUAACAAACUUCUUUGCCAGUAACGUUUCCUCGCAACCAUUUCCAGCGGUACAACCCCAGGUAAAUGGGGAGGAUAUGACUCGUAUUCGGCCGGCGGGAAGUAGGCCGAGUCGUUUUGAUAAGUUUGUUGGUGAACGGCAACAAUCGAGUGUCAGGGAGGAGGACUUGGAUGAGUUAGAUUCAGUGAAAAUAUCUCGAGAGGAUUGCGUGAUACUUCUAGUAGCACCGAGAUGGCCACGUCAAUCUUGGUACCCUCAGCUGCUAGAGCUUCUGGCGGAUUACCCAAGAGAGCUUUCACUCAACGACAGGCUGCUGACUCAGCAAAGAGGCAAGCUAGUACAUCCGGAUCCAGGGAUGUUCCGAUUCACGGACGGAAAUCAAAAAGAGGCAUCAAAAGACUCCAUUGCACGAUGGAUUGUGUCGGUGGUGAAAUUUUGGUAUGAGUCAGCAAAUGAGGAGGGUGUUCGUCUGGCCAGGGCUCAUGAUACUCGCCGUCUGGCCACGUCCCGGGCACUCUUUUCUAAGGUGCCCAUCUCAGAAAUUGUGAAGGCAGCGCAUUGGGCGAAGGAAACCACCUUCACCUCUUUCUACUUGAAAGACAUUUGGAAACCGGAAGGCCAGUUUGCCAGGGCAGUCAUAUUGCAUAACAACUCAUACUUACCUGGUACAGGGGAUACCGUGAUCGACUCUGAUACCAGCAUGGAUUUCAUUGAUGUUGAUGUGUUGAAGAAGUCAGUUAGAAUGUUUGUCACCGGUCCCAGGAAACACAGCGUCACUAGGUUUGAAAUAGUGAAGUGUCUACUAGCAUCAGGGCUCCCGGGUGAAGAGAUAGUUUCUGUUUUCCGGUGUGAGGCUCCAAACACUUGGUUUGUUACCUUGCGGUCAGAGGUUUAUGUUGAUCGUGUUGUAGAGAAGGGUCCGAUGAAAGAGACAUACUUUUCUUUAGUCCCGGAACGGUGUGACCAACGUCGUUUGUCCAUCCGUGUGCAAUGGCUGCCAUCCUGGAUAUCCGAUGACGCCAUUGCGGAACAUUUUGACGGACAUUAUGGAAAAGUAGUCCAUGUUUCCAGAGAAACCACGACCAUUGGAGAAGUAAGACUGGAGACCGGAACCCGUGUCCUUACCCUUGUUAUUAGGGAAGGCGAUCAGGAUUUGAUCCCAUACAGAAGUAGAAUGUUCGGGAAGGUGGCCUUGAUUAUUGUUCCUGGGCGUCCUCCUAUCUGUCUUCGCUGCCAGCAAGUUGGACACGUUCGUUCGCAGUGUCCAGGACGACCUGAACAGACAACACGUAUAUCCUAUGCUGCCAAAGUCUCCCAGUCCACCGCUGCUGUACCGGAGAUGACCUUGCCGAGUGCUGCCGCAGAUUCCCCUCCAGCACCGGAGGAGGUCGUGUCAACGGAACCUUCGCAACGGCCAACGCAGGAUACUGCGAGCCCCUCGUCCGGAGGGAGCAGUGUUAACAACGCCCAAUCCACCAAGAGGUCAGGUCCUGAAGUUGACGAGGAGGGAUUCCAGAAGGCUUCAAAGAAGGGCAGGCAUUCCGCUUUCUCCCCUAUGGUUCUGUCCAAUGGUGACUUAGUCCCGGGACACAAGCUUCCAGAAUCUACAAUGGAUUAUCUCGAGGACAACCAGUCAGAAGAGAGCGAGGGUGAACUGGUAAUCGACGAGGGUCACCCUGGUUCGUGA